AUGCCUCCAGUUAGACAAGUAUAUGCACAAGAAGAGCCAUCAAAUUGGGCAAAGUUCAAAAUGGGGCUAAUGAUGGGUACCACCGUCGGUAUUUGCACGGGUCUACUAUUUGGUGGAUUUGCCAUUCUCACACAAGGUCCUGGUCCAGAUGGUAGUAUCAGAACAUUGAGUAAGUAUAUUGCAGGUUCAGCUGGUACUUUUGGUUUGUUCAUGUCCAUUGGUUCGGUUAUAAGAAGUGACGAUGGAAGAGAGUUGGGUAGAAGGUCAUACGCAGACAUGCAACAAAGAGCAAGAUUUGAGGUGUGGAAAUUACGUACCAACUAUAAUCUGCAUCCAAAGGAAACUUGA